GAUUUUCACGCAGUUAUUACUAUUAUUAGCUUCGAGCUGCCACAUUUAUGCAUUGAAACCACUAAACUCAGUACAAGCUUGAACUUUCACCUGAAGCAUUUCGCAUUUUCUAACGAUAAAGUAGAGAUGAAAUUUGUUCUGUUGUUUGUUGCAAUCACAGUGAUAGUAAAAGUUGCUGCAGAGGUAAAAUGUGAUCCAAGGUGUGCUCGUAUCUUAAGCCCUGUUUGUGGGCUGAAUUCAAGGAAGGAAGAAAAAACUUUUCCGAAUAAAUGCGUGUUGAAGCUGGUGAACUGCGAAGAAAAGGAAGAUUAUGUCAUAAUUCACAAGGGGGUGUGCAAGGAAGUACCCCAACCUACAUCGCGCCGUACUACAGUUGCAACGGAAGGAAACAGGACCACAACUCCUGCAUCCUUGCCGAGGUAGUUUUUCAUAAUAAGAUGGUUUGUUAAUUUCCAAAUAAACUGCUUACCUUCAA